UGGGAAAACCUUCUAAUCAAUUCCGAAAGUUACUCACUCAAAGCCUUUGCUGUGACGAUUCUCUCAAUUGUAGGGUAUGCAGGCAAAGGAGAGCGCACAUUUCCUAAUCUCGGCACAACGCAAUCUAUGCAACGGUGUAAUCUCUCAGUUGAGAUAUUCGAGACAAUUGGUAAAAUUCUUGCAAACUUUCGAUACCAAACAGUCAUAUAA